AUGCACAUCUUUGUGAAGACUCUGACCAGCAAGACCGUUACCCUCAAGGUCAAGACCCGUGAUGCCAGGAAGACCAUCAAAGCCAAAGCCCAAGGCAAGGAGGCAAUUCCACCUGACCGGCAGCACCUGAUUUCUGCAGGCAACCAGCAGCAGGAUGGCCAAGCUAUCCCAUGUAACAACAUCCAGGAGGAGUCCACCUGGCACUUGGAACUUUGCCUUAGGGAGGGCAUCAUUGACCCUUCCCAGCACCAGCUUGACCAGAAAGACAACUGCAACAAAAUGAUCAAGUGUUAG